AUAGAUUCUUCGGAUUUUUAUCAGUCAUUUAAACACGAGCUUGUUGAACUUCUGUUCUUAAUAUUAUUUAUUUUGGGUUCAUUUUAAGUCAGCCAUAUAGUAAUUUUUAAACAAUAGUUGAGUUAAAUAAAACUACCCAGCAUGUCGGUCAAACAUUUAACCCAACCACUGGGUCAAAACAACCCAAUCACUGGGUUUGUCCAUUUUCAACCCAACAUUUUUAGAGUGUUUGGAAAACAGACUAAGAGCUGAUCUGGAGUGAGUUAGGGCUCGUCCGAGAACUAGUUUUUUUUUUUUUUUGGUCAUGUGAUGAUGAUGUGGUCAGCGGACGUCCGUUUUUAGAAUGAGCAGACGGACGCAGCUGGCUGGUGACCAGAGGGGACGCGCCGCAGACCCCUGGAGAGAAAACAGACAGAAGAAAUGAGAAGAAACUGAUAUUGGCACACCUCUUAAUUUGUGCCCACAGCAAUCUACUAUUUCUGAUGGAAAGAAAAACUGAUGUGAAUGACCACAGGUGACAGUUAUUGCGCGCACACGAGAGAGCGCAAACUCAUGCGCGCGUAACAGGAGUGUAAAUGGGGAAAAAGGCUCAGUAGAAAUGGAAAGCUCAGGAUUGUACCCGUGAAUAGAAAAGACUAGCACGUCACCCAUCAGAGGCGUGAAAGCAGCCAACAGACCGGACGCUGCCGAACCAAAGCGAACCGAGCGCGCGCGCCGGACACCAGGAAAGUUCGUGCGUAAAAGCCAGAAGCGCCGCUGCACAUGAAGGGAAUAAAAUUACAUUCUGAAGGACAGAUAUCUUGAGGGAAACGGGCAUUUUGACAGUCAUGGAAUCAGCCGGGUCUGCCGGGUUGGCUCAAUCAGCCGCCCUAAAGUUGUCCGAAAUGGGCGAAAGAACUAAACAGCUUGGCAGCGCAAUGCAAGACCCCGAGCGGCAGAGACGGAUCAUUCUGGUGAUUGUUUGCGUCGCCCUUCUGCUGGACAACAUGCUUUAUAUGGUGAUCGUCCCGAUCAUUCCCGAUUAUCUCACAGAUUUAGAGAACAAGCAAGUGUUGCGCACCCAUGCCAACUCUUCACUGAGCAGAGCAACCAGGGAAAACCUGGACGUGCAGAUAGGGGUGUUAUUUGCGUCCAAGGCCAUUCUGCAACUCAUGGUGAACCCCUUCACGGGAACUUUCAUUGACCGCGUUGGAUAUGACAUCCCGCUGCUGAUCGGACUUCUGGUCAUGUUCGUUUCGACGUGUAUAUUCGCUUUCGCUGAUAACUACGGGACGCUCUUCUUCGCGCGCAGCCUGCAGGGUCUCGGCUCGGCGUUUGCCGACACGUCCGGGAUCGCGAUGAUUGCGGAUAAAUACACGGAGGAAGCGGAGAGGAGUCGCGCGCUUGGCAUCGCGCUCGCCUUCAUCUCGUUCGGGAGUCUCGUGGCGCCUCCGUUCGGCGGCAUCCUGUAUGAGUUCGCAGGUAAACGGGUCCCGUUCAUAGUUCUGGCCUCCGUGUGCCUGGCAGACAGCGUUCUGGUCUUGACUGUGAUCAAACCUUUUUCUAACAGGACGCGCGAGAACAUGCCGGUCGGGACGCCCAUUUACCGGCUCAUGGUUGACCCGUACAUCGCCGUGGUGGCGGGCGCUCUGACCGUCUGUAACAUCCCGCUGGCGUUCCUCGAACCCACCAUCGCCAACUGGAUGGAGAGCACAAUGAACGCCUCGGAGUGGGAGAUGGGUCUCAUCUGGCUGCCCGCGUUCUUCCCUCACGUGUUGGGCGUUUAUGUCACUGUCCGACUGGCCGCAAAGUACCCGGACCUGCAGUGGUUCUACGGCGCCCUCGGUAUGGUCAUAAUAGGGGCCAGCUCCUGCACUGUGCCCGCUUGCAAAACCUUCGGCCAGCUAAUGUUUCCCCUGUGCGGCAUCUGCUUCGGCAUCGCGCUGGUGGACACGGCACUGCUGCCCACUCUGGCCUUCCUGGUGGACGUGCGUCACGUGUCCGUCUAUGGAAGCGUUUAUGCCAUCGCAGACAUCUCGUACUGUGUCGCCUACGCUAUGGGGCCUGUCGUAGCGGGUCAGAUCGUGCACAACCUGGGCUUCGUUCAGCUGAACCUUGGCAUGGGGCUGGUCAAUGUGCUUUACGCGCCGGCCCUGCUGCUGCUCCGCCACGUGUGCCAGCUGAAGCCGUCCUACUCGGAGAGAAACGUGCUGCUGGAGGAAGGGCCGACGGGACUGUACGACACUAUUCAGAUGGAGGAGCGCAAACUCAAGCGAAAGGGCUUGUGCGUCACGACGACUAACGCGCUUCCCGUGGACGAAAACGGGUUCUUCGAGCGCUCCAAAUCGUACUCGGAGGAGGAAUCGUCUGGACCCGAGUUCACUUAACCCUGGCCGCCCUGCAGAGGCGCAUCUGACACGACGCGUUUAUUUUAGUGAGCCAGAGAUUAUAUCGCAAACAUUCAGCGUCUGAUGUGCAAUAUUUAUUCCUCAGUCAUGACUGUGUCGCUCAGAGAAGUGUUCUGCUUACCUCGUCCUUUUAAUUUAAAUAGAAACUACUGGGCUCUGAGCGACAGUGUCUCUAUAGUGUGUAGAUGUGAGUAGAUGAAGUGCGUGAUGUAACUGAACAAAACCCAAAUAAAAACAGUGCUCAUAUUUCCGUA